CUCAUGACUAUCAAUAACAUAUUUUCUAUCUUUUUGAAACUCUUCAAUAGCCUUAUCAUCGUGUUGCAUAUAUUUAUUGUACUUUUUAUUGUAUUUUCCCCUCACACGCUCUUGACGCGGGAUUGCCGUUCUUGUACUGGCUCAAUCAAGCGAAUCCGGGGUAAGGCUAGUUACAGUAAAUCCGACUGGCCGAACGAAUGUCACGCAGCCCAGCAUCCGGAAGUCCAGGAAGAAUUCUGUGAGCUCACCUACCAAAACGUCACCCUAUAAACGGCUUGCCCCCUCCUCCCAAACCACCACCACCACCCACCUUGCAUCUCCACGGCAUCUCAUCCUUGGAAUCUAUAUUCCCAAGCCACCAAUUCGCUUCUCAAUGUACUACUAAACCGCUCCUUACCACCGCCGCAAUGGUAAAAUUCUACGACACCGACUUCACGUACGACUACUCCUUCCCCGCCGUCGCCCUCGCCUACUUCCUUCGAUACCCAAACCCGUACAGCACACAUGUCCUCUCCAGCGAUGUGAUCGACCGCCAUGUCGACCCCGAGACCGGCCGGCUGAGCACAACCCGCAUCCACCUCAAGCGCUCGCGCCUACCUCCCGCUAUCCUCAAGCUCCUCCCCAAGUCCGUCCAGGGCAAUGUCGCUGGCGGCUCCAGCUCAUCCUAUAUCCUCGAAACUAGCACCGUCGAUGCGAAGGAAGGGUGGAUGCAGACCGAGUCCCGAAACCUAGACUGGACGGGCAUCCUGAGCGUGGUAGAGAAACAAGUGUAUACGCGGCAGACGUCUGGCGAAAAGGUCGCCCUGGAUGAUAUGCAGUCAGGCACGACGGCCGUGGCUACCUCGAUUAAAUUCCGAUCUCGGCUGGGCGAGAGACUGAGGGCUAGGGCUGAGGCACGGAGAGCGGAGGCGGAUGAGGUGAAUGCGAAUCUGGAUGAGGAGCCGAAGAAGGGCUUCCUUGCCAGCUGGUCGACGGCUGGCAUUCAGCGAAGUAUCGAGGCUAUUGCUAGUCGGAGGACGAUUGAUAGUCAGGGAAAGAGCAAGAUGGGAAUGACGAUUGUGUUGGAACGACUACGAAAUGGAGGGUUGAUGGGAGGGCUGGAGGGAAUGAGACGCGACCGGGAGGCGCUGUUUAGCGGAGACGCCGCUGUGAAACGCGCGUGGAAGGACGAGAAGCACCAAGUUGAAAAGGAGGAGUGAGCAAGGUGCAGCCCCUCGUGGGCUGGGCCAAUGUCGAAGGCCAACCUCGCCAGUGUAAGAACGGGAAGGGAGGUGUCUGAUGACACCAAUGUUACAGUACGGGUGUGCAUGAUUGGGGGCACCUUGUAAAUAUAUGUUUUGGCUAUGGCAUGGAUGGGAUCUCGAAGCGCAGGCGUCUGGGAUUAGUCAUGCUUUUUAACGACCGUUCUCCUAUUCUGCAUUUUGUUUUACAAAGCUACUCUCUCAUUAAGGGUGGGAUCGAGUUUGGGGCU